GUCAGUGGAGCCACAACACAUACCUAUGAGACCUUACAUAAUGAUACAGCAGAUGUUCCCCGGAUGAAUAGGAUGGUAAUUCCUGCUUACCAGAAUGUCAACCCCCGAUCCCUUGAAUGCAAAGUUCCACCAGCGACAGAGACGUUUACGGUCCCUCCUGAGUUGUUACAGUGGAAUCUGGCUGCUGUUGUGCCACAAAAUAUAGAUUCAUCGUCCUCUUUCUUCAGAACAUUUGUGAAAGGCAAGCCAAAAGCUCUGGGGAUUGUUCUGAUUGUUUCGGCCAUUCUGCAAAUUGCUCUGGGUAUUGGAUUGUUUUUCAUCCCACAUUUCCUAUCCUUAUAUUCUGGAAUACCAUUUUGGGGUUCAGUGUUUUACAUCAUUGCAGGAUCUCUGACAAUUGCAGCUCAGGCGAAACCUAGCAUCUGUCUGGUGAAAGGCUCCCUCUCCAUGAACAUCAUUAGCACAAUGGUCACUUUAGUUGUAUUGAUCCUAAGUGGCAUUGACCUAGCAGUAAUUGACUGUGGUUACUUUUAUUCUCCAAAUGGAAGAGAUAACCCCUACUUGUACAGAAGAUGCCAACUACAACUUAUCAUUGGAUAUGUCUGUCAUUCUCUUCUCCUUGGGGUAAAUCUGCUGCUGUUUUGUAUCACCAUUUCUGUCUCCAUCUUUGGAUGUCGUUCCCUAUCUCAUGUGCAAACAAAUGUUACGCAGGUGUUUCUGAUACAGAAUGAUUCUGUGGUUUCCAUGAACCCUUCUACAGCUCAAGUUGUUUCUCAAGUACCGCCACCACCAAAACGUAUAGUCCAAUACGUCAAUGCAUUUUAAUAUCCUUAUUUAUAGUUAAUAUUUGUAUUAAAUAUUGUUAUGUCAGUAAACAAACAGGAAGACAGAUUAUCCCUAUAGAGGGGCGCACUGCUGUGAAAUGAUCUUAUCUUUGAAUAUUUUUAUUACCGUGAACAAAAAGAAUAAAGAACGUCACCUAUAUAAAGUACAGCCCUCGGGCACCAAAUGAAAGUUACAUUUUGGAAUGCUAAUUAUACACUGAAAGAUAAAGGAAAACUCCAACGUAAAGGACAAGUCACAAAACAAAAGGAAAUUAA